GGCCUGUUUGUUGAAUAGAGGGUCUAUAUUAGGUAAGCAUGCUCACCUGGUGUAUGGCUCCCUUAAGUAUUCACACGGAAAAAUCUUUAACGCCUCAUACAAGAAGCCUUUAUGAUCUUACAUUUCAACAUUAAUGAAUAUUUAAUUUUAGGGUAUAUCACUGGAGGUUCUUAAUGGAUACCCCAUAGCAUCUACAUAUUCAAGGUUCACGCGAAUUAUAGUGGUGUGCUAACUUUCAGAAGGGAGAUCAAAUUAUCCUAUUUUUAUCUGAAAGAGCGUUCCUCUCUGAGUAUCUUUAAUUGACGCGAACAUGGAAUGCUCAAACGUGUAUUUUCUUACAAUUAUCUGUUGGAUUCAUUUAGAGCAUCAAAAAAGAGUAGUGUUAGGCUAAAUCCGUGGGAGUGAGGUGAAUAGCGUGCUCUGAGGAAGGUGAAUGUUAAGCAAAUUUCAGCGUUCGCGUAAGGAAAGGGGUGAGAUCGAAAUAAGCUUAGCUUUCAAAGGCCUUGAAAUCCUUCCUCCCCCCCUUAAUCUUCACUCUUCUCUUCAGACAUUUUUCCCCUGAUGGCAUGGGAGUUCGAGGUCUGUUUUUCAUUUAUUCCCUUCCCACUAGGACAUGCAGCGCUUGCUUUGUUCUCUGAAUGGAAGUGUAUAUUUUUGUCAAGCCUAUUUUGUAGAAACCGACAAAUAGUAUGCUAUGUAAUCCGAUGAAGACUCUUGAUUCGGUAAGCUUGAGCCUUCUUCCGCCUUUUGUGUUUUUUACGCAUCUAGAUGAGUCAUGGUGUUACAUUGACUUGUCGAUGCUCUAAUUUAGCUUGUUGUGUUCCCUGCUGUUGCAUAGGAUCCCAUGAUGGGAUGCUCAAAGUCGUGCUUUCGUUAAUCUACCCCUUCGUCUUUUUUUUAACUGCCCAUUCUGCUAAUGCUAAUGUGUAAUCUACUACUAUGUUCAGCGCGUUUACCCCUAAACAAUCUAUAAUACAUCAUUGAAGAAACGGUAGGAAUUUAAUUGCGCUUUAGUAUCAAGGCUUUCGUAUACAGAAAGGAUCAGAAGAUACAAACAUAAGCACUUCUAAGAAAUGAAAUUUGGAAAACGCCUACAGGAUGAAAUCAUCCCCGAGUGGGCAGACCAUUACGUCAGCUAUAAACGUCUAAAACGUCUUAUCCGAAACUCAGAGCUGACUGGGAAUCUGUUUAGAAAAGAGUUGCUUAACGUCAUUUCUGCAGAACUUGGCAAGGCGGAGGAACUGUUUCAGGAGCUCAUCGAUGAGUUGCAGAAGGGAUAUGAAAUUCUGACAGAUAUACAUCCCGAACGCCCAGUAUCGAAAUCGACGCCUUUUCGAAGGUUCUAUCCAAAGCGUCAGCACAAGAGAUAUGAUACUGCUGUAAGUGAGGAAAGUAUAGUCUUGACAAGUCGUAGCUCGAUGUACGAUAUAGAAUCACAACUAGAGGAUCACCGAGAUGAGGGAUUUUUUUCAUUUUUUAAAGUUUUUUUUUUAUCCGCGAUUGGGGAUUUAAAGGUAAAGCCGGUUGAGAAGAACACCCCGAGGGCUCAAUUCCUUGAGUGGUACGCUAACGCACAUCAGUUGCAGCACUUCGCUGAACUCAACCUGGAGGCGAUUCGGAAAGCCUCGAAGAAGGUGAAGAAAUAUCGUUAUAUGGAUUCUGAUUACGCGAGUGCCAUCGAGGCGGAGUUGAGCCGCUCUCGCCUCACCACCCUAAUGCCCCGCCUCCACAAGCUCAUCUCCGACACGUGCCUGGAUUACGAGAAGAAGUUCCACGAACCGCUCGCGCCCUACGCCCCUCUCAACCUUUCGGGUGAGUGGGGCGCGAGGUGGGGUGCGGUCUUUGUGGCCCUCCUCCUAUUCAGCCUUAUCCUCCACGCGCCGUUCCUGCGGCACGACCUCUCCGCACACAACUGCGUCGCAUUGGCUGUCCUGAUCGGAGUCCUCUGGUGGACCGAGGCGGUCCCCACCUUUUGCACCGUCCUGUUGAUCCCUCUCGUGGCCAUUCCCUUAGGGGUGGUGCUGGAUCCUGGGACAGGGGCCCCGGUGGAGCCCCGGCUGGCCUCGGCCCGUCUUCUCACAGCCCUCUUUGAUCGCGCCCAGGUCCUACUGCUCGGGGCCCUUGUCCUUGGGACGGCCGUCACGAAGGCAAACCUCCCUCGUCACGGGACAGGGGCCCUCCAUCGUGUCACGGCCCACCGUCCAGGGGUGUACCUCCUUGGCUUGAUGGCCGCCGCGGCCGCGGUCUGCGGGGUCGUCUCUAACGCCGCGGCGCCGUUCCUCGUGCUGGAAGGGGUGCGGUGUGCGCUGUGGGAGUUCGCGGAGGGCGGGGCCGCGCCCCAUGCGGUGCUGCUCGGCCUCGCCUUUGCCUGUAAUUUAGGCGGGAUGCUCUCGCCAGUGGGGUCGCCGGCGAGCGCGAUUGCGGCGGCGGGGAUGCCCUUCGGCGGGGUCUCCUUUGCGGCGUGGGGGUGGGUCGCGUUGCCCCUCGUCGCCCUCGGGGUGGUUGUGGCGUGGGGGCUCCUCAUGGUCGUCUGGCGGCCCUUCCGCGAGGUCCCGUUCAUCCCGCUGCAGGUUGUUAACACAGAAGCGGAAAAGGAGGUGUCAGUCGCGACGCGCACCGUUGUGGCGGUGGUGUCGGGGAUUACCAUUAUCCUGUGGCUGCUGCCCGAGAAUCUCGUCUUCGCAGAUACGGGGCUCGUCGCACUCAUUCCUGUCGUCAUCUUUUUCGGGACGGGGAUCUUGUCCAAAAAGGACUUUCACAACCUUCCGUGGCAUCUAAUGUUCUUAAUGGCUGGGGGCAACAUGCUCAGGAUGUGUGCGCACGAUUCAAAGCUGCUUGAUAUCGUUGCUGUGGGGCUGAAUAACUCCCUUUCUGCCGCAACGCCGUAUGGAAAGCUUGUUGUCCUCGCACUCAUGAUGGGCGUCACUUCCACCUUCAUUUCUCACACAGUGGCUGCCAUAGUAUUGUUGCCGAUUAUCAGUAGGAUUGGGCUUCUUCUAGAGCCUAACAAGGGCCCUUUCUCGGUGACGUCGAAUUCGAUGGUUUUGUUGUGUACCCUCAUGUGUUCGGGUGCGAUGGCCUUCCCCAUCAGUUCCUUUCCAAAUAUGAGCUCUCUGCUGGCGGAGGAUCCGAAGGGGAACCCGUAUUUGCGGGCGAAGAACUUCUUGUCCUGUGGCUUGUUGAUUCAAUUGAUUAUUUUUGUGAGUGUUGUUACGUGGAUGGUGCCCUUGACGAACAUUACGCUUGAAUGGCAGUGGUCCUAG